UUAGGUAACCAUACAAUCUGAACUAGUGGGAGGUGGAGGAGGUAGUCCUUGGGAGUUCGACUGCAGCAGAGAUGCAGCCAUAAAAAACAUAUUAAUCAGCUCCGGCGUAGUCAUAGAUGCCGUCACUUUUACUGCCAUCGAUCGUAAAACCAAACAAGUCAUUGCCACCCAGAAGUUCGGUGGUAAUGGUGGCCACACAAAUUGAUAUUGAUUGGCCUGAAGAAAAAUUGAUGAUGAUUAGUGGAACUACAGGUUCAGGUCGGUACUACAUUGUAACUGCGGAUGGACCAAAAGAUAUAUGUCUCAUUACGUCUCUAGCUUUCCAUACUAACAAGAGAAAGUAUGGUCCUUAUGGUAAUGGACAAGGCACUUAAUUUAAAACCCCGAUAGAGGGUGAAAUCGUUGGGUUUUUUGGACGUGCCGGUUUGUUCAUUGAUGCUAUAGGUGUUUAUAGCUAUGUUUGGUAGAAUUUUUCAGAGCGCUUUUGGUGUUUUGAAUGAGUAUUGAUAUUGAGUUUGUCUAGGA